AUACAACACUGCUUGGACAGCAGGGAGCGCAAAAGUUGUAUGACGUACAUUGCAUGCGACCUAAUACGUCAUUUCUACGCGAGCACGAAAACAUAUUCGACACUUUUGUAUGCCGCAUAUCCAGGAAGGAAAUGAUUGUAGACAUCGCAAGGAACCUUUGACCAACUGGGUAUUCAUGUGCUGUUUCUGUUCAUUGUCGCCCGGUGUGAAUAUACAAAGAAAAAUCAGUUAGACAUGGUGGAGAAGAUGGAAGUAAGUUCAAAGAAGCAACCGAAAGAUGGCAGCAAAAAGAAGUGGUCUGGAAAUGGAGAGAAGCGAAAAGGCGAGAGUAGCCCAGCGGGAGGUGAGAGGAAACACCUGGAUGCCCAAACUGUGGGCUACUUUCGGAGAGUUAGCGACAUGCUCAGUGAGGGUUUCAAUGAGGAUGAGGAGAAAGUUCUAUUUGUUGACAAUGUGCUGAGAGAGAUGGAGGGACAGGCCAUCAUGGUUGCCAUGGGCAUGACGGGCAGCGUCGCCCUUCAGAAGCUGCUGCCCUUUGCCAAUGUUGCUCAGGUUGGGCAAGUCCUGUCAGCACUUGGUGGGGAGGACGGGUCAGGGCUCAGAGCUGUGUCAUGUGACCGCUGUGGAGGACACGUAAUGGAGAGCGCCCUGAGACAGAUGUCCAGAUGGACAGACAACAGUCCCUCUGAGCAAGAGGAGCCUGCUACCACAGAUGGCGGUGAGGACAAGGAGGCAGAGGAUUGUGGAAUACUGGAGGAGCAGGUGCUGUCCAUGUGUAACGUGGUCAGAGAGAACAUCCUGGAGUUCAUCAGAAACACACACGGCUCCCAUGUGAUGCGCACUCUGGUGCACGUGUUGGCAGGGUGUGUGGCUCCUGCACGUGCUGACUCCCGUCCAGGGAGAAAGGAUAAGAAUGCUGCACCCCCACUGACAGACUUUGAAGCGCCAGUCUCUUUCUGGAUGGAGCUGAAGAACCUUUCAGCUUGUUUAAUGGAGAACAUCAAUGUGUGUGUAACUGACUCCAAUGCCUGCCCAGUCCUCCAGACAAUGCUGGUAGUUUGUCACAGAAAGAGACCAAAGCUUCUAAAGCAGAUGACCAAAGGCAUCAUGGGAUAUCUGAGUGGUAUCAGCUCUGCUCCCGGAGUCAGUCCACUUUUGGUGUUUUUUAAAGACCCGACCUCAAGUCGUCUGCUUGAAACAGUAAUAGAGUUGUCCCACAAGGCCUUGCUCCGUGAUCUGUACAAAAGCCACCUGCAAACGAAGCUUGUGGACCUUGCCCUCCAUCCCAUUGCAAAUUUCCCCAUACAAAGACUAAUAGCAGCCUCUGCUAACCUAAAAGUGUUCCCUAAACUGUUUAAUGAGAUGGUGGAGGGUCUGGAGGCCAUCAUGGCUGCAGGUCACAUGGGUGUGGUGGUCCAAUUGGCAAAGAGCUGUGCGGAGCGAGAGGAGACGCAGGGACCCAUGUUACAGCACCUCCUACAGGCGUUCCACUGUAAUGAGCCUGCAUCCCGGCACACCUCCUCUCUCCCUCUCUUUCUGUCCUUAUACGCCUAUGAGUUGUGCUACCCCACAGAGACAGCAGAGGGCGACCCGCCUCCGCAGCGCCCCCUAGAGGCCAUAUGCUAUCAUGGCUCCUGUUUGGUGCAGUCCCUGGCAAAAUUCAAAGACCGCUCCCUGCUCAUGAACAGCCUUCACAGCCUGAGUCCUGCGGAACUCCUCGCCCUUGGCUCCCACCAGCUAGGGAGCCACGCGAUGCAGGCUCUGGUGACCACAUGUAGUGACAAGGGCAAGGGCAAAAUCCUGAGGAAAAUUGAGGGAACCUAUGUCCAGCUGGCCUGCUCUAGGUACGGGAGCCGCUUUUUGGAGGCCGUGUGGAAUAGUGCCACUGUGAGCCAAAGACAGAGCAUUGCACAGGAACUUGUUCCCAGUGAAACACAGCUAAGGUCAGAUCAGUUUGGGCGACACAUCUGGCCCAAGUUCGGGCUGGCGCACUUUGGCAAGAGAAAGGCUCAUUGGAUGGAAAUUCAAACAGGGGACUCGAAGAAGAGGAAGAUGUUUAGUGACCUUCUUGAGUGACAUUAUUACUUUUUUGUAUCCAUCUUAAGAAGUUUUUUAUCCACAAUAAACGCCCCUGUGUCUUAUGUUUUA